UUUUGACUGGUCUACCUGGAUUUACCUCCUCCCACUCUCAUUCACAGCCGCAGCUCUGACAGAACCACAGCUGAGACAUGAGCGGACGAAUCGGAGACCUGAGCCCAAAGCAGGCGGAGAGCCUCACUGAGUUUCGGGAGCGGAUUCAAGAUGUCCUCCACAGCCUCCCGGCUCAGCAUGACCACUACCUCCUCCGCUGGCUUCGCGCUCGUAACUUUAAUGUUCAAAAAGCAGAAAAUAUGAUCAGAAAGCAUGUGGAGUUCAGGAAGCAGAUGAAAGUGGACAACAUCAUAGCCGAUUGGAAACCUCCAGAGGUGAUUGAGAAGUAUGUAUCCGGUGGGAUGUGCGGCUAUGACCGGGAAGGGAGUCCCAUCUGGUACGACGUAAUCGGUCCUCUGGACCCUAAAGGCCUGCUGCUGUCAGCCACCAAACAGGACUUCAUGAAGACGAAGAUCAGACACAUCGAGAUGCUGCAGCGGGAAUGUCGGAGGCAGUCGGAGAAGCUGGGGGAGAACAUCGAGUCCACCACUCUGAUCUAUGACUGCGAAGGACUGGGUCUGAAGCACAUUUGGAAACCUGCUAUUGAGACUUACGGAGAGAUCCUCACCAUGUAUGAAGACAACUAUCCCGAGGGGCUGAAGAGGGUUCUUCUCAUCAAAGCUCCCAAAAUGUUUCCUAUGGCCUACAACCUGAUCAAGCACUUCCUGUGUGAGGAAACCCGACGGAAAAUCAUGGUUUUAGGAAGUAACUGGCAGGAAGUGCUGCGCAAGUACAUCGACCCAGACCAGCUUCCCGUGGUUUACGGAGGAACCUUGACUGACCCUGACGGCGACCCUCGAUGCAGAACCAUGAUCAACUAUGGUGGAACCGUUCCCAAGUCGUACUACGUGCAGGAGUCGGUGAGAGUCCAGUAUGACAGCAGCGCGACCAUCAGCCGCGGGUCUAGCCUACAGCUGGAGUAUGAUGUCACUGCUCCCAGCAGCCUCCUGAGGUGGCAGUUUGCCAGUGAUGGAGCAGACAUCGGCUUUGGAGUGUACCGGCGCUCCAAGGACUGCAAGAGUCAGAAGGUAGCUGAGAUGAUGCAGGUUCUUCCUAGCGAACGCUACAACGCUCACCUGGUGCCUGAAGACAGCUGUCUGACCUGCUCGGAACCUGGAGUCUACGUGUUGUGUUUCGACAACAGCUACAGCAUCCUCCAGUCAAAGAAGGUGAGCUACAACGUGGAGGUUAUCCCUCCUCCGGAGGAACAGGUGCAGCCCCCAUGCAGCAGAGGGGAUGUGAGACUGCAGUGAAGACGGGGACUUCUGUAAGCUUCCCAGCUGUCGACAAGAAAAAUCCUGAGAUUAAACCUCAGCAUCUCUAAGAGCACUGUGUUUAACUUUCUAAUUGGUUGGAUCCUUAAUUGUGGAGCUAAUUUAUACAAGGAUGACAGGACUAAAUGCAGCGCAUUGAAACUGAACUGUUGACUAUAGAGGCAAUAAUAAGGAGUCAAGCUGACAGUUUCUUCAAGCAUAUGUUGUCCAAACAGGAGUAAAGUCAUGUUUGCGGCUUUAAUCGAGUUCUAUUAGCUGGACUGAAGACAAACAAGGCAGGGGUUCC